AGCCCUUGUUGGAACUGAAUACAAACAGAGAGAGGUGUUUGACGGUCCCGGGGGUCAACAAGGUGUAUAAUAAUGAUGAAGUCCUGCUGCACGUACACCACCGGGGUGCUUUCUAUUAUCAUAUUAAUCGCGGGGAUUGCGAUGGUUGUGACCCAGGUUUUCCAAAAUUUUUUAAACAACAGGAUCAAAAGGGAAGUGGUGCUGGAAAAUGGUACAGAGGCUUUUGCUGCAUGGCAGGAUCCACCACCACCUGUCUACAUGCAGUUUUACUUCUUCAAUCUCACCAAUCCUAAGGAAGUGCUAUCUGGAGAGAGACCCGCAGUAGUUGAGCUCGGCCCAUACACGUACAGAGAGUAUCGACCUAUGGAGGGCAUAAACUUUAUGGACAAUGGGACCAAAGUGGCUGCUGUGAACCCAAAAACAUAUGUUUUUGAGCCCAACAUGUCACGAGGAUCUGAAGAUGACAUAAUCAGGACUGCCAACAUCCCAGCAAUGACACUAAUGGAGAGGUUUCAAGGUACCUGGUUAGAGCGUAUAAUCUCUGAUUUGAUGAUAAGUGAAGGUGAGGGGCUUUUUGGGACGCGGAAGGUUGGAGAGCUGCUUUGGGGCUACGAGGACCCGUUACUGAAACUGCUUAAGAAAUUCUUACCUUCUCUGGACCCCAACUUCGGCCUGUUUUACAAGAUGAACGGCACAGAUGACGGCGAGUAUGUGUUUUACACCGGCAAGCAGAACUAUCAGGACUUUGCUCGAGUGGAUCUAUGGAGAGGCCAGAGUUCUCUUGAUUGGUGGACCACAGAUCAGUGCAACAUGAUCAAUGGAACCAAUGGAGCAACCUUUCAUCCGAUCAUCGCCAAGACAGAGAAGCUGUACAUUUUUUCGUCAGACCUCUGCAGGUCAAUCUAUGCCACUUUUGAGUCAGAGCUGAGCGUCAUGGGAGUUCCCGCUUACCGCUUCGUUCCUCCCAGCACAGUUUUUGCGAAUACAACAGUUAACCCGGAUAACGCAGGGUUCUGCGUGGGAGGAAACUGCCUCAGCUCAGGGCUGCUGAACGUCAGCGUUUGCAAACAAGGAGCUCCAAUCAUCAUGUCCUCUCCUCAUUUCUAUGAGGCUGAUGAGAAGUUUGCUGAUGAUAUAUUUGGGAUGCGGCCCACUAAGGAGGAGCAUCAGACGGCCAUCGACAUCAAUCCACUCACGGGAAUUGUUGUGCAAGCAGCAAAACGUCUUCAGGUGAACGUGUAUAUUGAGAAGCUUUCAGCUUUCAGCCAAACUGGUGAUGUCAGAACUUUGGUCUAUCCAGUGAUGUACAUUAAUGAGAGUGUCCUAAUCGAUGAGGAAUCAGCCAAAAAGCUCCAAGGUGUGGUCACCCAGGCCAAUGUUGUGAUUAACGUGCCCUUCAUCAUUAUUGGACUCGGCAUCUUAUUGGGUGUGGUCUUCAUCGUGAUCAUAUGUCGUCAAGAGAGGAGCGCUCCUGAAGAACGGCAGCCUUUGCUGAGCUCGUAACACAACAGGAAGUGGAUUUUUUUUUUUCUAAAAUUGUCAACGCAGCAUCUACUGCUGUAAACUGAAAGUAGCUUUGCACUGAACCGGUGAAGAAACUCUUCAGUCAUGCGAACGAAUACAGUAUUUUUCACGCCUACACUAUGGGUCACUGUAGAAAGACUGACAUUUUACUUUACAUUUAAAACAGAAUAACAACUAAUUAAGCCAAACCGAAAUAGCUAUAUUGUGUGCUUUAGGCAGUACAUAUUUGCAUGCAGUGCCAUAAUACAGUCAUUGCAUAUGGUCAUUUCCACUUUCUAUAAGCAAACUGUGUUUCUGAAGUAAAAAAACUCUAAUAGGUUUCCAGUACAGUGCUAUAGUUCGUAAUUCAUGUUAAUAAAUGUGUUUUAUAUUUAUAGUGCAUUUAACGAAAUAGCUACAGAUUCUGCGAGUUGUACACAGGCUUCAACAACACAUUAGCUGUUGAAUCUUCGGCCAUUAUUUCAUCACUUAUAGUUGAAAUUUAGAUUUUUGUGCUUCGUUUAGUUUUGUUUUGAAAGUUUUAAUCAUGAUAAACAAAUGGUGUUGCUUCAAUACAGUGAUAAACAUAAUAUUACCUUAAUCAUGUGACUAGGCUCGGCAUUAUUAGUUAGUAUGCUUCUGAAUGUGUGCAAAUGUGCGUUGUUUCAUGCAGUGUUUAUUCUGUUGAUAAAUGCGGUGCUGAUCUUUUAAAUGUUAAAUUUUCUUUUCUUUAAUCUUUGUCAAAGAUUAAGUUUUUCAUCUUUAUCAAAAAACUGUAUUUCCCAUUUAUACUAGCUUAAAACAAAGACAAGCUGAGCGAAUCUAAUCAUUAGCUAAAAGCAAACAAAGCUAAACAUUUCUACUGGAUUUGUAAAUGUUUUAGGAAAAUGCUGUCUGUAAAUGUUGAGUGUGUAUAGACAACUGUUAGCAUGAGAGUGAGCAUCAGAGUAAAUCCUGAAAAACAAAUACAAGUUACUAUUCCCAGACAACAUUAAUUAAUAUUAAUAAUAUUAAGUCAACGCUUAAUAUUAUGCCAAUAUUAUGUGAAUGGUUCCUUCUCUGAUUAUACGGCACCAUUUUAUCAUGAAUGACUUUGUCUUUAGGUUCUUUUUUCUUUUUCUUUACUUAAUGCUUUUUUUCUUGCGAAUUUUAAAAUGACUAUUUUCAAUGCUAUUUUAGUCCAUGACUUGAGUGACCUAGCAGGAGGAUGUGUUUUUAAAAGAAACUUUGGAUAAGGGUGUAAUAAAAAAACAGAAUUUCAA